AUGAUUUCCUGCCCUCGCCGGGCGCUCACCACAGCUUCCUGCUGCGGGCGGGCAGGCGCCCGGGAGAGGCAACGCGGAGCUGAGGCGCAGAUGGAGGCGGCUGUCCUGGACACCGUCUUGGGUCUCCUGCUUCUGCCUCUCUUGAUUGUGCUGCUGACUGUGUUGUGUUUGCACUGCCGCGAGCUGCCAGCCUCGAACGACAGUGCUCCCUCCGACAGUUUGAACUCAAGUAACAGAUUCAACAAGCGGCCUUGUGAGUACAUGGAGCACCUGUGCCCAGGGUGGAGGGACGAGGGUCCUACAUUCGCCCCCUGGCCACCAGCCCCCAUCGCCCCCAUCGCCCCCAUCAGCCUGCCUGCUCCCUCCUUCCUGCCCACCAGCUUGUCCAGGAACCUGCCAGUCCUCCCCAUCCCAUCUCCACAGCCGUCUGUAGUCGCCCACCAGAUGUCAUCUUCCCAGCAGGACUCAGAUAGUGCCAACAGUGUGCCGAGCUACGAGAAUGAAGGUCCUGUCUGUGAGGACAUUGAUGAAGACGAGGAUGAGGACCAUGAUCGCUACUUAGAGGUACUUCCCGAUGACACCUCGGCCCCCAGCCCAUCUCCUGUGGAGAGCAAAUCCAGCCGCACACACAGCACUGUCUCCAUGGACUCAAAGGACGAGUAUGUGAACGUUGACGAGAACAAGGAGAGUGCAGAAGCGUCUCUAGAUGGGAGCCGCGAGUAUGAGAACGUAUCCCCGAAACCGCAGUCCUCUGACAGGACUGAGCCUGCCACCCUGAGUUCUCAAGAAGUGGAGGAAGAGGAGGGAGCGCCCGAUUAUGAGAAUGUGUAUGUUUCACUGAGGGCCUGCUGA